CCGAAACUUGGACGAGACGUGUCUUUCUAAGGAGCACUCUGCAACUGAACUGUUGGUGCAGUUUGGAGUUGGAGCGAGUUUGAAGACGAGAGGGCAGAGUUUAGUGAAAUCUUGUCGUCAUUGUUCAGUUGUGGAAGUCGUUGUUGCUGCGAAUAUGGCAGAAAACAAAGUCCCGAAGACAACUGAAGACGCCGUUCUUGUCCACAGUUCCACACUGCCCGAAUAUAGUGUUGAAGUUCAAGGGUUCGACUGGUCACAAGGAAUUGACUAUGAAGCACUUUUAAAUUCAUACGCAACAUCGGGAUAUCAGGCGACGAACUAUGGUCACUCUGUCACCGAGCUGAACAAAAUGAUUGCUGCAAGAAAUCAAAUAAUCGUUGGUGAUGGAGAUGAAGUUGGGGUUCAGGGGUGUACCAUAUUUCUCGGUUAUACAUCCAACUUGGUGUCAUCCGGAUUACGGGAGACACUUCGAUUCCUUGUCCAGCACAAAUUAGUGGAUUGUAUCGUGACGACGGCGGGUGGCGUGGAGGAAGAUUUUAUAAAAUGCUUGGCCCCCACAUUAGUUGGCGAUUUUGGUCUCAAAGGGCAAUAUUUGAGGGAAAACGGAAUAAACAGAAUUGGAAAUUUACUUGUUCCAAAUAACAACUACUGCAAAUUUGAAGAUUGGGUAAAUCCCAUUCUCGAUCAGUUAGUAGAAGAACAGAAGAAAAACAGUACCACUCCAGAUGGUGAACGAUUUGUGUGGACUCCGUCUAAAAUUAUUGCCAAAUUGGGUGAAACUAUAAAUGACGAGCGAUCAAUCUACUACUGGGCAUGGAAAAACCAGAUCCCCGUCUUUAGUCCAGCCCUUACGGACGGAUCAUUAGGCGAUAUGAUGUUUUUCCACUCUUAUAAAAACCCUGGUCUCAUCAUGGACAUUUUAGGAGAUCUUAAAGCUCUCAACACGAUGGCCAUGCGGGCAAAGAGCAGUGGGAUGAUCAUUUUGGGGGGUGGUAUUGUUAAACACCACAUCUGCAAUGCAAAUCUCAUGCGUAACGGGGCCGACUAUGCCGUUUUUGUCAACACGGGACAAGAGUUUGACGGGAGUGACUCGGGGGCUCGACCUGACGAGGCCGUUUCGUGGGGAAAAAUUAAAAAGGACGCUACCCCCGUCAAGUUGUAUGCCGACGCCACACUCGUUUUCCCCCUGCUCGUGGCCCAGACGUUUGCCAAAUCGAUCCUCAAAUAAUUCUAUUUAGUAAUGAAGAAAUAAUAAUAAUUCAAAUAAUUAAGUGACAUCUAACUCAAAUAAAGUUUUAGAAAGAUUCAUCCAUCACA